AAUCCAAAAUCUUAAAUUUGAGUUGAGUGUUUGUACUUCCACCGCCACAACUACCCUUUGACUCCAUGACACGCGAUCCAUGAUCGCUGCUCCGUCACAUAUUUUCCAUUUCCCCCAAAUAUGGCGUCGUCGGCGAUGAUUCAGUUCCAAUCGCACAACAGCACCGCCGUUCAUGUUCCUUCCCCUCUCCAUAUGGCAUCGUCAUCAUCCACCGCCCUCCGUCGCCUCUGCUUUCAACUCCCCUUUCGCCGUCUUCCUCCGGUGCCAUCACUUCGGCUGACCUCGGUCGUUAGGAUUAGGGCCUUCUCUACUCAUGGAACGGGGUCCGAGAUCUCAGUCACUGGCGAGAAGGUUACUAAUAAGCCUCCGAUAUGUACUGCUGAUGAGCUACACUAUGUUUCCGUCAAAAAUUCCGAUUGGAAACUUGCCUUAUGGCGAUACCAUCCUUCUCCGCAGGCGAAACCAAGAAAUCAUCCGCUGUUGCUGUUAUCAGGGGUGGGGACAAAUGCGAUCGGGUAUGAUCUCUCGCCUGAGUUUUCGUUUGCUCGUUACAUGUGUGAACAAGGAUUUGACACAUGGAUUCUUGAGGUUCGAGGAGCUGGCUUAAGCGUGCAGGGAUCAAAUCCGAAAGAGAUUGAACAGUCUGCCCAUGCAAUAUCUGAUCAGAUGGAAGCUGUUGCUGUUUCUGGAGCAGAAAAAGUUUUAUCUACUUCACAGUCGUCAGCUAGUAAUGAAAGCUCCCCGAAAGAAACAGGGGUUGCUAUGAUUAACCAAGACCCAACGGGACCAACAACUGAACGGGAGGAUGCAGUACUAGUCACCAAGUUAACUGAAACUUUUAUAAUCUUGUCCGAUAGAGUAUCUGGCUUUCUCAGUGAAGGCCAAUCGAGAAUAAUCUCUGCUAAAUUAUUUGACCAAUUCUCGAAACUAGUAGCAGAUUCUUUUCUAGCAGAGCGGUUUGAUGAGAUAAGGAAAAAUCUUUUAAGUUUGUUGGAAGUAAGGCAAAACUCUGCUGUUGCAAGCCAAAUAAGGGAUCUGAGUCAAAAGCUAAUCGGUAUCAUUGAAGAAGGUCAGCGUACUGUUUCACCUCCAUUGUUUGAUCUGCAAGAGCGUUUGUCCACAACCAUCGAAGAUUUCCAGAAGCAGUUGGACUUGAUCGUCAAAUAUGAUUGGGAUUUUGAUCACUACCUUGAAGAGGAUGUUCCUGCUGCGAUGGAAUAUAUAAAGGCCCAUACUAAACCGAAGGAUGGUAAAUUGCUUGCUAUUGGACACUCGAUGGGGGGAAUUUUACUAUAUUCCAUGCUAUCACGACUUGGUUCCGAAGGGAAGGAACCAGGAUUUGCAGCGAUUGUUACUUUGGCAUCUUCACUUGACUACAGAUCUUCAGAAUCAUCACUCAAGUUACUCAUACCACUUGCUGAUCCUGCACAGGCCCUCAAUGUGCCUAUUGUUCCUUUAGGGGCACUGCUAACAGCUGCUUAUCCUCUUACAUCUCGUCCUCCUUAUGUUUUGUCUUGGCUUAAUCAUAUGAUAUCGGCACAAGACAUGAUGCAUCCAGACCUAUUAAAAAAGCUCGUCCUGAACAACUUUUGCACCAUACCUGCUAAACUGUUGCUGCAGCUGGCAUCUGCCUUUCGUGAGGGUGGUCUGUGUGAUCGAAGUGGGGUAUUUUUCUACAAGGAUCAUAUUCACAAAAUCAAUAUCCCCGUCUUGGCUGUUGCUGGUGAUCAAGAUGCAAUUUGUCCCCCUGAAGCGGUACAGGACACAGUGAAGCUGAUUCCCGAAAACUUGGUGACAUAUAAAGUUUUUGGUAAAGCAGGCGGCCCACAUUACGCCCAUUAUGAUUUGGUUGGGGGCCGAUUGGUGGUGGAUGAAGUGUAUCCAUGUGUGGUCCAGUUUCUAAGUCACCAUGACAAGAUGUGACCGUUUCUUUAAUGUCGGUUUCGAUGUAUGAAGUCGCCGAAAUGUAGAUAGCCUGUGAAUGAAAGUUAUAUCAAGGCGUUGUAUCAUAAUUCAUGCCAAAAUUUGUUGCCUUUUAUAAAUUAUAACUACUUUUAUGC